UCGUCUGCGCGCGGGGCGGCCAGGCCUCGUGCCUUUUCAGCGCGGCAUUUGUGUGCGUGGUUGGAGUGGUUGGGAGACGACGCGAGGCGAGGGCCGGCGAUGGCGACGACCCCCCGCGGACGGGCGGCGUGGCGUGGCGUGGCGCAGGGGGGAGCUCGUGGUAUUUUUCUAUGCGCUCCGUGCAGCUUGAGCGCUUGACAACCCAACCAGAUUUUAGGUGGUUAGCUCUGUCGCUUGCCGCGACGACGCUGCCUUCGUCUUGAAUCCUCUUUUGGCCUGGGAUAGCAGUGGUAUGACACUACUAUCAUAUAUUUCCCGCUCUGGCUUCUUGUGCUUGUACCGGCCUCCUGCUCCAGCUCCGCCUCCGGCCCUUUCGGUUUGGAUCCUGUGCUAACGGAAUUCCCUUUCCGGUCGCGGCCCGCCGUCGCGACGACCGCCACUGAGUUUUCUAUUCCACCGGAGGAGUUCCGGGUCGCACAUUGGUUGCAGCAGGCAAGGUGGUCGUAUCUAUCUAUCGGCCACGGCGUGUGCGCUGCAGGUGCAAAGUCCACGGCGGAGUAGUAGUGGUUGAACUAAGUGAGGCAAGCGCCGAGCGGGAGUCGUCACCAUGGGCAAGUGUGUCGACUUGUGGUGAUUUUUACCGUGAGCCGCCGACCGCCGCCGCUGGCUGACACCGGCGGGCGAUCGGCUUUCGGGGGGAGGGGGCGAUGGCGGGGGAGCACGGGGACGUCGUCGGCCGGUGCAUACUGGUGGGGCUGCACAUGGACGCCGUCGGCAAGGAGCUGCUCCAGUGGGCGCUCAACCAGGCGGCGAGGAGCGGCGACCGCGUCGUCGCCGUGCACAUUUACCGCAAGUCCGACAACUGCAAGACGAACACCCUGAGCCUGAUCAGGACGCUGGACGACUACCUGGCAGAGUACGAGGCACUCUGCAGCAAGAAAGAUAUUGUUCUUGUCGGCCGGGUGACGCCGGGAAGCUCGAUCCAGAAGGUACUGGUGAAGGAGGCCAAGCUCUGCGCCGCCAUGGUGGUGGUGAUUGGCGCCAACAAGAAGUACUCAUUUGGAGGCUCGACUUGCUUGGCCAAGUACUGCGCCAAGAAGCUGCCGGUGACGACCACCGUCGUCGCCAUCCAAAGCGGCAAGGCCAUCUUCGUGAGGGAGGCGCCCAAGCCGCCACUUGGAGCAGAGCCGAAGCCGGUGCUCCGCACCGUGCUGCACCCGAGCGUCGGAUUGGAGCCCAAGGUGAUCAUCCCGAACCCAAACCGGAGCGCGCGUUCCAUGGACUUCGACGCCACGGGCUGCGGCCACGGCGGCGCUGUUCCGGUGAGCUCAUACGACGACGCAACCAAGGUCGGCGAUGGCGCGAGGACAGCCGAGCAGAGGCUCGGGUGGCCGCUCCUCCGCCGCCCGCUUCCCGCGGCGAACGGCGCCGUAGCGCAGCCGCCCAAGGACGACGGGCCGCGCAAGCAGUCGGUGGUGCAGUGGGUGAUGAGCCUGCCGCGGCGCUCGUCCCCGUCGACGUCCCCCGAGCCGCAGGCGGGGCUCGUCGCCGAGCUGAAGCGGAUGCUCGACGCCGUCCCGUCGCGGUGCCGGUGGUUCCGCUACGAGGAGCUCUACGACUCCACCAACCACUUCUGUUCAGAGAAUCUGAUUGGGAAGGGAGCGCACAGCAGGGUGUACAGGGGCAGCCUCGCGAGCGGGCAGCCGGUGGCGAUCAAGCUGUCCAAGGCGUCCGCCGAGGCGUCGAAAGAUUUCCUCCGGGAGGUGGACAUCAUCACCAAGCUGCGGCACCACCGGAUCGUCCCGCUCAUCGGAGUCUGCGUCGAGGGGCCCAACCUCAUCUCCGUCUACGCCUACCUCCCCAGAGGCAGCCUCGAGGACAACCUGCACGGUAAGAGGUCGAAGCCGACGCUGUCGUGGGAGAAGAGGUACAAGGCGGCGCUCGGUGUCGCCGAGGCCCUGAGCUACGUUCACUCCGGCCACUCGCGGCCCGUGAUCCACAGGGAUGUCAAGUCGUCCAACAUCCUACUCAACGACGAGUUCGAGCCCCAGCUGUCUGAUUUUGGGUUGGCCAUCUGGGCGCCGUCCAACCCGGCCUCCCUGACGCACAGCGACGUCGUGGGGACGUUCGGCUACCUGGCGCCGGAGUACUUCAUGUACGGGAAGGUCACCGACAAGGUGGACGUGUACGCGUUCGGCGUCGUCCUGCUGGAGCUUCUCACGGGGAGGAAGCCCAUCAGCGACGGGUCGCCCAAGGGCCAAGAGAGCCUCGUCAUGUGGGCGAGCCCAAAACUUGACAGCGGCGACAUCUCUGACCUGCUGGACGCGGGGCUGGACGUGAAGCACGACGAGGCCGGGGUGAAGCGGAUGGCCGUGGCGGCGUCGCUUUGCCUCAGGAGGUCGGCUCGCCUCAGGCCGAAGAUAUCGCAGGUGCUGAGCGUGCUCCGGGGAGAGAGCGCUGUGAGCUUCGCCGACCUGCAGACGGCCGAGGCGGCGGAGUGCGUCGAUGACGAGACCUACCCGGCGGCGAACGUGAGGUCGCACCUGGGACUCGCCCUGCUGGACGUUGAGGACGCCGAGUCCAUCUCGAGCACGGAGCACAGCAACCUCAGUCCCCUCGAGGAGUACCUGCGAGAGCGGUGCAGUCGAUCGUCCAGCUUCGAUUGACAAUCUUGCUGCUUUGGCUGCUUUUCAUCUUUUUGUUAAUUUUGUUUGGGUUGGGUUGCCAUUGUUUGGAUACGAUUUACAACACAUGUACAGAACCAAAAGAAGUCACCUGCGCCAAAUUUUCGGCGGCGAGAGGAUUCUGAUUGUGCCAGAACGACUUAGUAGUACAUGAUAGUGAGCUCCUUGUACAUACAGAAAUAAAAGUCCCAAUCAUGUUAGGGUUAAUUUCUUCAGAGCAGAUAAAACCUUAUCAAAUUGAAAGGUAUAGGUCCAUCAGAGGACCAAAUAAUGCAUUGC